AUGGGCUCCCGACUUGAUGCUAACUCUAGUGCUGUGCGCAAGCGCAUUGAAAAUCAUGACUUCAACGAUGAGGGGGGCGAGGAAUAUGAGGCAUCCGCCUUUGGCGGAUUUGGGGACUAUAUGCGACGCAAGAAAAUCAAACUUCAGAAUCUAGAUGCGGAAAUUCGAGCCUCGGCCGGCGAUCGUCCUCAGAUAUUUCGGGGUAUCGUCGCGCAUGUCAACGGUUACACGCAACCGUCCCUCCAGGAUCUCCACCGCCUGAUUGUCAGUCAUGGUGGUGGAUUCCUCCAGUACUUAGAUGGCAAGACAGUUGCGACACACAUAAUUGCUAGCUCCCUGACCCCGAAAAAACGCGAAGAGUUCCGACGGUACCGCAUCGUCAAGCCCGCGUGGGUCACGGAAAGUGUCAAGGCCGGGCGUCUGCUGCCUUGGGAUCAGUUCCGGGCGGUGGAUGAAGGCCAGUCUCAGAAGGUUCUGAAGUUCAACGAGGGACGCUUCACCAGUCAGACCAACAGUCCUCAGGCGGGGUAUAAAGAGCAAUCAAGCACGAGUUGGUAUAACUCUCAGCUCAAAGCCAUGAGUGCUGAAUUCAAUACACCAUCCAAACCACCGCAGUCGGCUCUACCGCUACCUGCACCGUCGACUCAUCCCUCCCAAUCAGACUACGGUGACUUCCCUAGUCUUGAAACCAUCGAAGAUCAAGCCAAAACCAGUACUCCUCAACAAGCCAAAGAGGAUACAUCUCCUGGCAUUCAGACAACGGUGUCUGACAUCACACAUAGUGAUCGCAGCACCUUACCUAGGUCUCACAACAAUGUACAGACUUCACCAUCAAAGCAGGCCAGUCCUCUUAACCCGAAUAUGACAUCCGAAGAAUACAAUGCACAACUCUUGUCUGAUCCUCGAAUGAGGAAAUCAAGCGUCGUCAAUCCAGAAUUCCUCCAGCAGUAUUAUCGAGAAUCACGGCUUCAUCAUCUGUCAACGUGGAAGGCUGAGUUGAAAGCCCAACUUCAAGCAGCAACCAAAGAAAAGGCCAUGUCCCUCGUGUCUCAAAGAAAGCCCAUGCCCGGAGCAAGAAGAUAUAUUCUUCACGUCGACUUUGACUCCUUCUUUGCCGCCGUUUCAAUUCUCAAGCAUCCCGAGCUCCGCGAUAAACCUGUUGUCGUCGCCCAUGGCACCGGACCUGGCUCUGAGAUUGCAAGCUGCAACUACGUUGCCCGAGGACGGGGCAUAAAAAACGGCAUGUGGAUGAAAGGUGCCAUGCAAGAGUGUCCUGAACUGCAAGUGUUGCCCUAUGACUUUCCAGCCUAUGAAGAUGCCAGUCGUAAAUUUUACAGCUCCGUCUUGGCUAUUGACGGUACUGUUCAGAGUGUGAGCAUUGAUGAAGCACUCAUUGAUAUCACUAAUCUGUGUUUGGAAGCCGGCGGCUCGGACGGGAGGGGUAUAUCAGAAGGAUCUAUCUACCGCGAACAGGCCAAGGCAGACGAAAUAGCUCAAGGCUUGCGUGACUCGGUUAAAGAGAAAACCGGAUGCGCAGUCUCGGUUGGGAUUGGCAACAACAUCCUACUGGCCAAAGUUGCACUGAGAAAGGCAAAGCCAGCUGGGCAGUUUCAGCUGAAGCCGGAGGCUGUGCUAGAUUUCAUCGGAAAUCUCACGAUGCGAGAUCUGCCCGGUGUUGGAUACAGUCUCAGUAACAAGCUAGAAGAGCUUGGGGUCAAGCUUGUGAAGGAUGCCAGGGAUCUCACGAAGGAGAGGCUGCUUUCGUCUCUUGGACCGAAGACUGGAAUGAAAAUUUGGGAAUAUGCUCGGGGCAUGGACAAGACUGAAGUUGGCAAUGAGGUCAUUAGGAAGUCCGUUUCGGCGGAAGUCAACUGGGGCAUUCGAUUCGUCAACCAGCAGCAGGCGGAAGACUUUGUCAGGUCUCUGUGUGGAGAGCUGAACAAGAGACUCGUCGAAAACCUGGUCAAGGGCAAGCAGCUCACGCUGAAGGUCAUGCGACGCUCAAUGGAUGCGCCGCUCGAGCCGGUGAAACACCUGGGCCAUGGGAAGUGCGAUGUGUUCAACAAAAGCGUUGUCAUAGGCGUGGCAACCAAUGCAACCGACAUCCUGGGCAAAGAGGCCAUCUCAAUGUUGAGAAGUUUCAAUUUCUCCCCAGGCGAUCUACGCGGCCUCGGGGUCCAAAUGACCAAGCUUGAAUCUCUCAAGGCCGGGCCUGCGGCAACUCUCGAGAGCAGCCAACGUCAGCUCAACUUCCAAAUGUCUCCAUCUCGCAGGCAGACUCCCUCUCGCAAGGAAACCGUUGUAAAUGCCGACCCCGAUGAAUUAGAGAGUCCACACAAGGACCAUUCCACCCGGAUCCAGGUCGAUCCAAUACUCAGCAACAGUGCCCACAAGCCCUUGAACAUGUCCGGGUCUCAGUUCAUCAUGCCAACUCAACCGGAUCCUAAAGUUGUUUCGGAACUUCCUAGUGACAUCAGAUCAAGACUGGUGGCCCAAAAGCCUCGACAAGAUUCUCGUUCUGGCUCCCCCUGCCCUCCUCCACGCCGUGCGCCAGAACCGGCCACGGCAGACCUCCCUCCUCAGUCCCAAUUGGAUCCUGAAACCCUGGCUGCAUUGCCAGAAGAUCUGCGAAAUGAGGUCCUCGGUUAUUACAACCAGCAACCCGCGCCGUCUGACCCACCAGCUUCUCAGGCCCCAUCAGUCGCAGAAGCGUCUGUGUCUGGUCCAACGCCUACUCGGUCACUUGGACUGAAAAGGCCAGUCUCGCCGCCCAAGAAAAGGCGAGGCCGCCCUCCAAAGUCGGCAAGCAGCAGUAACAAGUCUCUGAAACAGACAGGCUUCGGUUUCCCUCGGGCAGCGACUCCUUCUGUCCAGUCUGUACAAGAUCCUCCCCCAUCCCGACAAGAAUCCCCAGCUGUCGAGGAGCAGUCCGAAGUAUCGGCCGAGUUCUUAGCUGCCUUACCAGAAGACAUUCGCCAAGAGGUCCUUGAAGAGCAAAAGCGCGCUCGAAUCCUCCAACGCUCUCGCGCCACUCCAACAAACCUUCGACCAACAUCUCAACAACGGAAUACACCUGAACUCGCCCCAGUCGAGAAACGCCUACCCCUUCCUCCUCUCCCCGAGCGACCUGUCUUCACUUCAAAGCGUUUGUCUAGCCUCCCAGAUCUCCGUGACGCCGUCGGGGCUUGGUAUUCUUCGUUUGUAAGUGAAGGACCGUAUGCUGAGGAUGCGGAGGUGCUCUGUAAAUACCUUCGGCGCGUCAUUGCCGAAGAGAAAGAUAUCGACAAGGCCGUCUCCGUGGUGCGUUGGCUUAUGUGGCUUGUUGAUGAGGCUACGGGUCCGCGAGAAUCUGCAGAUGAUCAGAAUCCUAGAUCUGGACAGGGUGUUGUGACUUGGAUGGAUGCAAUCGCUACUAUACAGAGGAGUGUACAGAGUGCAUUGGAUGAAAGGGGGCUGCCACCGGUGGAUUUUGAAUAG